GAGCUGGAGAUCAACGACUACCCGCAGACGGCGCGGUUCAAGGUCACGAGCCGCGAGACGAUCCAGGGCAUCGAGGAGUGGACCAAGGCGGCAGUCAUCACUAAGGGCACCUACUACCCGCCCGGCCGCAACGCGCCGCCCGGCGAGCGCAAGCUCUACUUGCACAUCGAGGCGGAGACGCACGAGGCGAUGAAGGCUGCGCGUAAGGAGCUCAAGCGCGUGCUGCAGGAG